AUGGACCCUGCGGCGUUGGAUAGGAUUAUUGAGAAGCUGAUUGAAGUCCGAUCCUCAAAGCCAGGGAAACUAGUGCAGCUUGCAGAGUCCGAGAUUAAGCAGCUUUGUUUUGCGUCUCGUGAAAUUUUCGCUGCCCAGCCAAAUCUUCUUGAACUUGAGGCACCCAUAAAGAUUUGUGGUGAUAUCCAUGGACAAUAUAGUGAUCUUUUAAGGCUUUUCGAGUACGGAGGUUUCCCUCCGAAAUCCAACUACCUAUUCUUGGGUGAUUAUGUUGAUCGUGGUAAACAGAGCCUGGAGACAAUUUGUCUCUUACUAGCGUAUAAAAUCAAGUUUCCCGAAAAUUUUUUCCUGCUUAGAGGAAACCACGAAUGCGCAUCCAUAAACAGGAUAUAUGGAUUUUAUGAUGAAUGCAAGCGCCGGUUCAAUGUAAAACUCUGGAAAGCCUUCACCGAUUGCUUUAAUUGUCUGCCUGUGGCUGCCCUUAUCGAUGAUAAGAUACUAUGCAUGCAUGGAGGGCUUUCCCCUGAUCUUAACAACCUCGACCAGAUUAGACACUUGCCCCGCCCGACUGCUAUCCCGGACACCGGCUUGCUUUGCGACUUGCUCUGGUCAGAUCCUGAUAAAGAUGCUAAGGGAUGGGGAAUGAAUGAUAGAGGGGUUUCUUAUACUUUUGGCCCAGAAAAAGUCUCAGAGUUCUUGAUGAAGCAAGAUUUGGAUCUCGUUUGUCGUGCUCAUCAGGUUGUGGAGGAUGGGUACGAAUUUUUUGCAGAUCGGCAGCUUGUUACAAUCUUUUCGGCUCCAAACUAUUGUGGCGAAUUUGACAAUGCUGGUGCAAUGAUGAGUGUUGAUGAAAACCUAAUGUGUUCUUUUCAGAUUCUCAAGCCAGCUGACAGGAAAAACAAGUUCAUGAUGUCCACUAAAUUGUGA